AUGGCGAGGAUACUCGUCGAAGCGCCCGCGGGCUCGGGCUCGCCGGAGGACUCCAUCAACUCGGAUAUGAUCCUCAUCCUCGCCGGCCUGCUCUGCGCGCUCGUCUGCGUCCUCGGCCUGGGGCUCGUCGCCCGGUGCGCGUGCUCACGGCGCUGGGCCACGGCGUCCGGCCGGUCGCAGCAGCCGGGCGCCAAAGCCGCGAACAAGGGCGUCAAGAAGGAGGUGCUGCGCUCGCUCCCGACGGUCACGUACGUCCCCGACAGCAGCAAGGCGGAGGACGAGGAGGAGGGAGGAGGGGCCGACGAGUGCGCCAUCUGCCUCGCCGAGUUCGAGGAGGGGCAGGCCAUGCGCGUGCUGCCGCAGUGCGGCCACGCGUUCCACGCCGCCUGCGUCGACACGUGGCUGCGCGCGCACUCCUCCUGCCCGUCCUGCCGCCGGGUGCUGGCCGUCGACCUGCUGCCGCCCGGCGAGCAGUGCCGCCGUUGCGGCGCGCGCCCCGGCGGUGCCGGCGGCAUCAGCGCGCUCUGGAAGGCGCCCACGCCCUGCAGCGCAGAGGGGCCGACGUUCUUGGCGUAG